AUGGAGCUAGAAAAUGCAAUGAUCAGCUCCUCGAGCAGUUCUUCAGCAGGCUCCAGAGAGUACAAGGUGGUGAUGCUGGGAGCAGGGGGAGUUGGCAAAAGCGCAAUGACAAUGCAGUUCAUUAGCCACCGGUUCCCUGACUACCAUGACCCAACUAUAGAGGAUGCCUAUAAAACUCAAGUCCGAAUUGAUGAUGAACCAGCCUAUUUGGACAUUCUAGACACUGCUGGACAGGCAGAAUUCACAGCCAUGAGGGACCAGUAUAUGCGAGGUGGAGAAGGCUUCAUUAUCUGCUAUUCCAUCACAGACCGCCAAUCCUUUCAAGAAGCCGCUGAGUUUAAGGAGCUCAUUUAUCGCGUCCGGCACACCUACGACAUCCCCGUGGUGCUGGUGGGAAACAAAAUAGACCUUGAGGAGUUCAGACAGGUCUCAACUGAAGAAGGAAUGAGCUUAGCCAGAGAAUAUUCCUGCUCCUUUUUUGAGACUUCAGCUGCGCUCCGCUUUUACAUUGAUGAUGUCUUUCAUGGAUUAGUGAGGGAAAUUCGAAGGAAAGAAUCCUCACUGUCCAUGAUAGAGAAGAAGAUGAAGAGGAAGGAUAGUCUGUGGCGGAAACUGAAGGGAUCCCUGAAGAAAAAAAAGGAAAGUACAACCUGA